AUGGGUAACCUGGAGAGCGCCGAGGGGGGUCCUGGCGAGCCGCCUUCUGUCCCGCUGCUGCUGCCGCCCGGCAAGAUGCCGAUGCCUGAGCCCUGUGAGCUGGAGGAGAGGUUCGCCCUGGUGUUGAGCUCCAUGAACCUGCCUCCUGACAAGGCCCGGCUCCUGCGGCAGUAUGACAAUGAGAAGAAAUGGGAUCUGAUAUGUGACCAGGAACGAUUCCAGGUGAAGAACCCUCCCCACACUUACAUCCAGAAACUCCAGAGCUUCUUGGACCCCAGUGUAACUCGGAAGAAGUUCAGGAGAAGAGUUCAGGAGUCAACCAAAGUACUAAGGGAGCUGGAGAUCUCACUUCGUACCAAUCACAUUGGGUGGGUACGGGAGUUUCUGAAUGAUGGGAACAAAGGCCUGGAUGUGCUGGUGGACUACUUGUCCUUCGCCCAAUGUUCCGUCAUGUUUGACUUUGAGGGUCUGGAGAGCAGUGACGAUGGUGCGUUCGACAAGCUCCGGUCCUGGAGCAGGUCCAUCGAGGACCUGCAGCCGCCCAGCGCCUUGUCGGCCCCCUUCACCAACAGCCUCGCUCGCUCUGCGCGCCAGUCUGUGCUCCGGUAUAGUACUCUCCCAGGGCGCAGGGCCCUGAAGAACUCACGCCUGGUGAGCCAGAAGGACGAUGUCCAUGUCUGCAUCCUCUGUCUCAGAGCCAUCAUGAACUACCAGUAUGGAUUCAACCUGGUCAUGUCCCAUCCCCACGCUGUCAAUGAAAUUGCACUUAGUCUCAACAACAAGAACCCAAGGACCAAAGCCCUUGUCUUGGAGCUCCUUGCUGCUGUGUGUUUGGUGCGAGGAGGUCACGAAAUCAUUCUUGCUGCUUUUGACAAUUUCAAAGAGGUAUGCAAGGAGCUGCACCGCUUUGAGAAGCUGAUGGAGUAUUUCCGGAAUGAGGACAGCAACAUCGACUUCAUGGUGGCCUGUAUGCAGUUUAUCAACAUCGUGGUGCACUCAGUGGAGGAUAUGAACUUCCGGGUUCAUCUGCAGUAUGAGUUCACCAAGCUGGGGCUGGAGGAGUUCCUGCAGAAGUCUAGGCACACAGAGAGCGAGAAGUUGCAGGUGCAGAUCCAAGCAUACCUGGACAAUGUGUUUGACGUGGGCGGGUUGCUGGAGGAUGCAGAGACCAAGAAUGUGGCCCUGGAGAAGGUGGAGGAGCUGGAGGAGCAUGUGUCCCAUCUCACAGAGAAACUUCUGGACCUAGAAAAUGAGAACAUGAUGCGGGUGGCCGAGCUUGAGAAGCAGCUGCUGCAGCGGGAAAAGGAGCUAGAGAGCAUCAAGGAGACCUAUGAGAGCACCAACCACCAGGUGCACACCCUGCGACGGCUCAUUAAAGAGAAGGAGGAGGCCUUCCAGCGCCGAUGCCACUGGGAGCCAAGUGCCCGGGGCCUGGAGUCACUGGGCAGCGAGGCUCUGGCCAGGGUGGGGCCUGCAGUGCUGAGUGAAGGCAUGCUGCCCUCUGACCUGGACCUCCUGGCUCCAGCCCCACCUCCUGAGGAGACCCUACCUCUGCCUCCCCCGCCAGCUCCUCCUUUGCCCCCUCCACCUCCCCCGUUACCAGACAAGUGUCCUCCAGCCCCACCACUCCCUGGAGCUGCUCCCUCUGUGGUGUUGACAGUAGGCUUGUCAGCCAUUCGCAUCAAGAAACCCAUCAAGACCAAGUUCCGGCUGCCUGUCUUCAACUGGACAGCUCUGAAGCCCAACCAGAUCAGCGGCACUGUCUUUAGCGAACUUGAUGAUGAGAAGGUCUUGGAGGACCUGGACCUGGACAGAUUUGAAGAACUGUUCAAGACGAAAGCCCAGGGCCCUGCACUUGACCUCAUCUGCUCCAAGAAUAAGACAGCACAAAAAGCUGCCAGCAAGGUGACCCUAUUGGAAGCGAACCGUGCCAAGAACUUGGCCAUCACUUUACGCAAGGCUGGCCGCUCAGCUGAGGAGAUCUGCAGGGCCAUCCACACGUUUGACCUACAGACACUACCUGUGGACUUCGUAGAGUGCCUGAUGCGCUUCCUGCCUACAGAGGCCGAGGUGAAGCUGCUGCGGCAGUAUGAACGUGAGAGGCAGCCCUUGGAGGAGUUGGCGGCGGAGGACCGCUUCAUGCUGCUCUUUAGCAAGGUGGAGCGGCUGACCCAGAGAAUGGCUGGCAUGGCCUUCCUGGGCAACUUCCAGGACAAUCUGCAGAUGCUCACGCCGCAACUCAAUGCCAUCAUUGCAGCCUCUGCCUCCGUCAAGUCCUCCCAGAAGCUGAAGCAGAUGUUGGAGAUCAUACUUGCUUUAGGAAACUACAUGAACAGCAGCAAGAGAGGAGCUGUGUAUGGCUUCAAGCUCCAGAGUCUGGAUCUGCUGCUGGACACCAAGUCCACUGACCGGAAGAUGACGUUGCUACAUUUCAUUGCCUUGACGGUGAAGGAGAAAUACCCAGACCUUGCUAACUUCUGGCAUGAGCUGCACUUUGUGGAAAAGGCUGCAGCAGUGUCCCUGGAGAACGUGCUGCUGGAUGUGAAGGAGUUGGGCCGGGGCAUGGACCUGAUUCGGCGUGAGUGCAGUCUGCAUGAUAACAGCGUCCUCCGGAGCUUCCUCAGCACCAAUGAAGGCAAGUUGGACAAGCUCCAGCGAGACGCCAAGACGGCUGAGGAGGCCUACAAUGCGGUUGUUCGCUACUUUGGUGAGAGUCCCAAGACCACUCCUCCGUCUGUAUUCUUCCCAGUGUUUGUCCGUUUCAUUCGUUCAUACAAGGAAGCAGAACAAGAGAAUGAAGCCCGCAAGAAGCAGGAAGAGGUCAUGCGGGAGAAGCAGCUGGCUCAGGAAGCCAAGAAACUAGAUGCCAAGACCCCAUCCCAACGGAACAAGUGGCAGCAGCAGGAGCUCAUUGCUGAACUGAGGCGGCGCCAGGCCAAGGAGCACCGGCCGGUGUAUGAGGGCAAGGAUGGGACUAUCGAGGACAUCAUCACAGUGCUGAAGAGUGUCCCCUUCACGGCCCGUACUGCCAAGCGGGGCUCACGCUUCUUCUGCGAUGCAGCCCACCAUGAUGAGUCAAACUGUUAACCCCCAAGGCUGGGGCCCUUACAGG